AUGCAUCGCACCUAUUCUAUGCGCCAGUCGCGCCUGCCGACGGCCUCGCAGAUUGAGAACCCUCCUCCGCCAUUGUCUUCCACCAAGACAAACAGAAUCUUUGGAAAGGGUGGUUUUGGCCAUGCCUUGCGCAAGAACACGGCUGGCGCCUUCGGGCCCGACCUUGCCAGGAAGCUUUCCCAGUUGGUGAAGAUGGAAAAGAACGUCAUGCGCAGCAUGGAGAUGGUUUCUAGAGAGCGUAUGGAAACUGCUCAACAACUCUCCAUCUGGGGUGAAAACUGCGACGAAGAUGUCUCCGACGUCACUGACAAGCUGGGAGUCUUGCUCUACGAGAUUGGUGAACUGGAAGACCUCUUCGUCGACCGCUAUGACCAGUACCGUGUCACCAUCAAGAGCAUCCGCAACAUUGAGGCUUCUGUUCAGCCCAGCCGCGACCGCAAGCAGAAGAUCACCGAUGAGAUUGCUAAGCUCAAGUACAAGGACCCCAACUCUCCCCGCAUUGUCGUUCUGGAGCAAGAGCUUGUCCGUGCCGAGGCCGAAUCCCUCGUGGCUGAAGCCCAGCUCUCCAACAUCACCCGUGAGAAGCUCAAGGCAGCCUUCCAGUACCAGUUCGACGCACUCAGGGAGCAUUGCGAAAAGGUGGCCCUCAUCGCUGGUUACGGCAAGCACCUCUUGGACCUGGUCGAUGACACGCCGGUUACUCCAGGCGAGACUCGCCAUGCUUAUGAUGGAUAUGACGCCAGCAAGGCCAUCAUCCAGGACUGUGAGGAAGCCCUCGCCAACUGGGUCACCUCCAAGGCGUCGGUCAAGCCCGCUCUCUCGCAGCGCUCGCGCACCCUGUCUCAGCGUCACCGUGAGACCCUCAAGGGCCGUGAAGGCGUCGAUCUUUCCGGCCAGGACCAGCCCAUGGGCCGUGACUCUUGGGUGCCCGCGGAUCAGCAUGCGACCUACCAGCACGAGGUAGAGGAUGGUGAGGAAGUGGCCAGCACUGUGGACGGAGAGUCGCGGGGUCGAGAAGAGGAGCGGGAGCCCGUCACGGUGUCUGUUUAA